CCUCCCUUUUUGCUGCCCACCUGGCUGGCUGUGCGCCUAGAAUGAAUGCAGCUCGUCCCCGCUUGAACUGCAACGGCUCAGUGCUAUGACAUUUGGGGUUUUGCAAGAUCUUUCGCCUUUUCUGCAACCCUUGGGAUUCCAGAGCAGAAAAAGUGGUGCCAAACUGCAUUAAUUCCACCGUGUAGAUGCACCCCAGGAAAGAGAUGCAAGAGGCACAGGUUUAAUGAUUAUGUGUUGGGACUUUCCUGCCUGCCUUUUCAUCUUUGCCUUUGGAUACUCUGCCCAUCCCAUUUCCAAACUUUUGACCUUCUCUCUCUGCAAACAGAAGAUAGCUUUACAAUGUUUGGUGUGGAUCUAUCUUUAGCUAUAAUAUUUUAUUAUUGUUGGGUUACUGUGAGUUUCCCGGGCUGUCUGGCCAUGUACCAGAAGCAUUCUCUCCUGACGUUUUGCUUGCAUCUAUGUCAGGCAUCCUUAGAGGUUGUGAGGUCUGUUGGAAACUAGAUAAAUGUAUCCAAUAUGGACCAUACCUUGGCCUGGUUCUGGCGUCUCCUGUGGAUCCUGAUGCUGUGGUAUUUGCCUCCACGAGAAGUCCAUGGCUUCUUCCCCAACUUCUGGUCCCGCACCAUGGCUUUCACGUGGGGGUCCACCACCCACCAAGACAUGACCGAAGAUGCCAUUCUGAAUGUCACCAUCCGCCUCUUUGCAGAGAUGCCGCCUUUCGUCAAGGGGAAGCGCUUCCGAGAGGAAGACUUCAAGGACAAGACUCUUUUGGCUGAUGAUAUCUUUGCUGCUUUCUACGGCCCCAAGGUAUCUGUCAAGCGCUUCCGCGGGGCCAUUGCCCAAGUGGCCAAUGCCAAUGCCGCCAUGGACUUCGAGAAUACCACUCGAGAUGAUCCGGUGCUCCACUUCGAUUCAGAGCUCAUCUUCUCCAGCAAUGCCUGGCUGUUGCAAAUGCGCAAGGAGAUCCUUCAGGCCAUACGCUCGGAGCAGUACGGCAUCGCGCGGGACAAGCUGGGGCAGCUACUCCAUUCCUUACAGGAUUUCUACAGCCAUAGCAACUGGGUUGAACUUGGAAAUAAGCAGAUCCAUCCAGAUCUGGCCCAGCCAGGUCAUGAAAUCAAGUCCAUUGCAGAAGCGGACAUCCCGACCUGCAGCGACUGCAUUGACUGGACCUGUGAAGGAAAUCUCCUGGAAGACGUUGCUGCGAAAGGCCUUCUGACUACGGGUUACUAUGGCAGCCAACCAGAAAAACCCAUUGGAAAAUGCAGCCAUGGUGGGAGGUUUGAUGACAGCCGCCACGAGGAGCCCCGUGGCGGGAUUAAUAAAGACAGCUCAUCCCUCUUCUUCUCGCCCCACCACUACCUACACCAGGAGGCAGCUGCUCUGGCCCAGGAGGCCACCAAGCACUUCUUGGAGAAGUUGUGGCGAGAAAUAGGAAGCAAGCAAUUCAUGAGGCUGCUGGAUAUCAGUCCAGCCACAGGCCUGAGUUUCGUGGUGGAUACCACUGGAAGCAUGGGAGACGAGAUCAACGCUGCCAAGAACCAGGCACGAGAGAUCAUUGACCAGCGACACGGCACCCCCCAAGAACCAGAUUUCUACCUCUUGGUGCCUUUUCAUGACCCUGGGUUUGGCCCUGUCCACAAGACCAGUGACCCGGAAGAAUUCUGGAAAGUUUUUGACGACAUCAUUCCUUUGUCUGGUGGGGAUGAACCAGAAAUGUGCCUUUCUGCAUUGGAGCUUGCCCUCCAGUACUCACCGCCGUAUUCUGAGAUUUUUGUCUUUACUGAUGCGUCCGCUAAAGAUGCUCAUCUCAAGAACAGUGUGGAAUCGCUUAGCCAAGAAAAGAAAUGCAAGGUGACCUUCCUCAUUACAGAAGAUCCAUCCAGGACUCGGGUGAAACGGGAAACGCUUGCCCCAGACCGAUUCAAUCUCUAUGUAGACCUGGCUCACAGUUCAGGGGGGCAGAUCAUAUUUACAGAUGACAAGAACAUCCGGCAGGUGGCUAAAGUCAUUGGUGAAUCCAGCAUAUCUUCGGUGACCCUCUUCCGCCAUCAGAAGGGAAACAUCUUCAGCCUUAAAGGGUCUCAUCGGAAGAUAAAGAAACGGGCAACGGAGCUGGAGGUUCACCAGUUCUGGAUUGACAGCUUGGUGGACAAAGUGGUUGUGACCAUCCAAGGGGCCAUCCAGGCCUUUGAAAUCUGGGAUCCUUCAGGUAACGUCCAGAUGAAUAAAUUCCACAGUGGUCCCUUAGCCAAGAUUGAGUCCAUUGGUGGCAUCUACAGAGCAUUCCUUUCUUCCCCGGUCCAUGCUGGCAAUUGGACAUUGAAGCUUCAUUCCAGAGGCCAUUAUUCUGUUUAUAUCCAGGGUCAAAGCACCCUUGACUUCCUAUAUUACUUUGCGGUUCCAGUGAAUGGGCGCCAUCCAGGCCUGUUUAUGAUGGAUAGCCACCCUAUAGAAGGCUUGGCUACUUACCUAGUAGUUAUGGCGAUGGGCCUGAAUCAGUCGGAGUCCGGCUCUGUUCAGCUGCAGGCAGUGAACUUGGAAGGGAGGACCGGCAGCCUUGCGGAGGUGAAACUACAAGAAGGAGCCAAGAGAGCUGACCUGUUUGUGGCAGAGCUGCCUGCAAACCUCUUGACCAGCAGCAACUUCUCCAUAGUGGUGCAUGGUGUGGAUGGCAAAGGUCAGAAGUUGGAGAGAGCUGCUCCUCAAGCUGCCACUAUGGUGGGAUCCUUGUUGGAGCUGAGCAGAGACACUCCUGUGUUCCCAGGGAGGCCUGUCUCCAUCACUUGGAAAGUGACAAAUCCUGGCUCAUAUAAGAAGUAUCAUCUGAAAGUGAACAGUGUCCCCCAGUUUCCUGUCAACAUCUCCAGGUCCAGGCUACAAUUGGGCAUCAACCAAACUGGAACAGGGCAGAUCUCCCUGCAUGUCCCCAAUGCUACUGCUCCUGGCUCCGUGAUCACUGUAACCCUGCAGGCUGACCUCCUGCACCCAGCUGGGGAGCCGAGCUUUGCCCAUAUCUACCUGCUUGUGAUGCCUCCACCUCCGGUACAAAUCCUCGUUUCCCCAGUCUGCGAAAUCGCUUCCACAGAGACUUCCUGUGGACCAUCACAGUCCCUCUGUCACAGCAUGCAUUGGACAGUUGUCUUGCGGGUCAAGGAUGAAGCUGGCAUUCGCUCAGUGCGAUCGGAAGGAGGUGCUGUUGUGCCUCACCAAGCAGAUGGCUCAGCGGAGUUGAUCACUUACACCUCAGACUGCUGCUCACAGGAAGCCAAGCUCCUGGUUACCAACCUGCUUGGGGAGAAGUAUCAGUGCCAAGUGGCAGCUCCACCUUCUGCUCUCCCUGGCAAAGCAGCGCCCAAGUCUCCCGAAAUUGUGGUAAAGGCAGGGCUAGCUCCACCUCCUCCUAAAGCCUUGUUGUGGUGGACAUUGCUGACAGUCUUUUUGGCAAUUGAAUGUCUAGGACUGUAAGCCUUUAGGAUAACAUCUAUCAAAUGACAACGAGAAGAGCUCUACAGGUGGAGGACACUCUCUGCUAGGAGAUCCUUGGUCAUUGAAAUCGCUGAAGGAUGCCAAGUAGAAGGGCACACUCAUGGCUUGCUUAGAUGUAUUGAUCUGAGAUCCACAGCUGGUCAAUGUGCAGGAUGCUAGGGUUCCUCCCAUCCUCAUAUCUGAUCAAAGCUCUCUUACAUCCAGUCUUGACCAGGCACCUCUGCUCAUGUUCAUAUGAGUUUGUAAAGCUGUCUUCUGUUGAAGCAGAAGAUUUGACUUGCUAGAUUAGUAUUGUUGAUUCAUCAGACUUCUGAAUCUGCUGUCCUUUAGAAACAGAUUGCUUGAAGUCUUUAAGCUGGAGGUGGCAGGAUUGAAGCUGGAUUCCUGCAUGGAAGACAUGUGCACUAUCACAGAGGUAUGGCUGUUCUCAAGAGAGAGCACAAUCGAGGCCAGCGUGGCGCCUGAAGCCACAGCCUUGCUGCUACGAAUUCUGUGCUCUGAAUGGCUUUGUUAGCCUUGGGGAUACGACUAUGUUGCCAACCACAUCUUCUGCAACUACUCUGUAUCUGUGCUUGUACCUUUCCAAAACGGCCUUCUGCUCCAUUGAUCUUUGCACCCUAACAUGUCUGCUCCUGUUCUGCUCCUGCAUAUCUUUGCAUAUGCAUUGCUUUUUGACCUUGCCACCUGAAGUUCAUUUCCAUUCCUGCCAUAAGCAUACUGGUAAUCGUAUUGUUUGCCAAAGUGCCAAAGGGCAGAGGAUUAAUAUGCAGGGUGAAUGAAGUGAACUUAAUUGCACUUCUGCUUAAUGAGCAACAGCACAGAAUGCAGCCUGCACACAUUUUAUUUUCAAAGAAGAAAGAGUCUCUUUUUAAUAGGAAAGAUGGCUAUUCAGAGGGAGCCCUGGAUUAUCUCUGAAGGCCACUGGGCUUUAGUGUUUUCUGUUGCUACACGGACCCCUUUAUAGGUAAAAACAUUAUAUGUGGUGUAUCCACAUUACACAAUGACAGCAGUUUGAUACCAAUUCAAUUGCUAUGGUUCCAGCCUAUGGUAUCCUAGGAUUAGUAGCUUCUUGGGGUAAUUAGAAUUACCUGUCAGAGUCCUAAUAGUGGAAUGGUUCCUUAGAAAGAUCCCUCACCAAACUACAAAUCCUAGGAUUCCUUAGAACAGUGGUUCUCAACCUCUGGGUCCCCGGGUGUUUUGGCUUUCAACUCCCAGAAAUCCUAUCAACUGGUAAAUUAGCUGGGAUUUCUGGGAGUUGUAGGACGAAAUGCCUGCAGACCCACAGGUUGAGAACCACUGCCUUAGAAUGUCCAUGGUAAGUGGUAUCAAAGUGCUGUGAUUCUGCAGUGUGAACCAAGAGACCUCAAAACCACUAAAGUUUUUGUUCCAAACUCUCACUCUUCACAGAAGGCCAUUUCCCCAUGUAACUGUUUCUUCCUUUUCUUCCAGUUCUGAGCCAUCUUACAAUCCCUAUUGAGUCCAACCUAUAGCCAUUCUUAUGAAUGUCCUUUGAAAAAAGAAAGAAUUGUACAGGUCAAUAUAUUUACACUAUGUUCGGAGGAAACUCUUAUCAAGAGAGAAAGUUGUGCUUCUCAAUUACCUGCUUGAAAUUCAGUCUCGGUCUCAACAUGCCUAAACAUCCAUCCCUGUGUUUUUAUGACUGCAAAUGUCUCAGCCUUAACAACAUCUACAAAAUACAAUAACUUUCCCAUCAAUGCCUAUUCCUAUGGGGACCAUUUAGAGUUCUACUGAAGAAGAACUGGGGUGUAGUGGUAUUAAAUACCAUUGGGCUAAUUGUCUGUGACAUAGUUAGGAUUUUGUAAUUCGUGUUACAAAGGCUGCAGUUUUUUUAAAACAUAUUUCAAGUCUUGGUGAAUAACAUCAACAUGUUUUCUCUUGGCUGAUGAUAUUUUGCACACUUUUCUCCAGAUGGAUACUGCUGUUUCCUGAAAAUACCUGUUUAAAUUUAUAGGUGUUUGCUCAAUCAGGAAUGGACUCAUGGGGAGAAAAGUCCUUCCUCUUUCUCAAAGAUUUCUCUUGGCUUCCCUAUCUCAUACAGCUUCUCCCUUUCUCUCCACAACCUGUUUUGAUUCACCUUGAAAUUUCUUCUUCUAACACCAAUGUUUGGUGUGGAUUGUAGGAGGAAUGUUUUUGAUCUGUUUUGCUCUGUUUUGUAGUAAAAAUGUUGUUGGAGGAAUCUUCUGCCCCAUCAUUGGGAGCAAGGAAUUAGUGAUGUAUAUAAGGAAUUAUCUGUGCGUUUACUACUAAAAAGGCCCCAGCUUUGGUUAAGCCCACUACUUAAUAUCUUCCCAUUAGAAUUAGCCAUUUCAUAGCCAUGCUACACAUGAAAAAUGAAUGCCAUGGUGAUGAAAUUCGUUUUGCUUCCUCUCAUAGUUAUAUUUUUAAAAACUUAACUUUUUUCAGCCCCAUUAUGAAGAUAGGCAAGCUCUUCAUAAACAACUUGAAGUGAAAUUCUCCUUCAUCUGCACUAGCCAAACUCAAUGACACAAUUAUUUUCGUCAUGGAGAGGGUGUUGUUCUAUGUUCCGGCCAUGUAGUUGUUAAAGAUGAGGGACCUAUCAGGAGAAAAGACUGGUGCCAACCUUAAUUCAACAACCUAUAUAAGGUAAAGGUAAAGGUUUCCCCUGACGUUAAGUCCAGUCAUGUCUGACUCUGCGGGUUGGUGCUCAACUCCAUUUCUAAGCUGAAGAGUGGGCGUUGUCCGUAGACACCUCCAAGGUCAUGUGGCAUGACUGCAUGGAGCGCCGUUACCUUCCCGCCGGAGUGGUACCUAUUGAUCUACUCACAUUUGCAUGUUUUCGAACUGCUAGGUUGGCAGGAGCUGGGGCUAACAGCGGGUGCUCAUUCCGCUCCCGGGAUUUGAACCUAGGACCUUUUGGUCCGCAAGUUCAGCAGCUCAGUGCUUUAACACACUUCGCCACCAACAACCUAUAUAUAGGGAUUCAAACUCAGGCUAUUAAGAGGUAAACAUCCAAAGUCUUGGUCCAGAAUGAAUGGAUUGGUCAAUGUCACUGUUGCAUAAAUGAUUUUUUUUUUAAAAAAAGUGACUUACUUCUGUUGCAUGCAGAAUUUGCCAAAUUUGGUAAAUUCUCGCCAAAAUGAAGUAAUUACCCCCCACCUUCAUUUCUGCAAAUUGUGAUUAGAUUUCAUGUUGUAUCUUUAUUAUAGCGACCACAAGUUCCUGGUCUGUGUGUCUUACACAAUUUGGUUUGCACCAAGUGUUUGAGCAUCCAGACAACCCUCGCAAUUAGUGGAAAACGACUCAUGCUUAUGGUUAAUUCAAUCAGGGAAAUAGAUUUUGAAAGGCAGAGUGUUGACUUCUUCCUUCCUUUGGGUUCCCACAAAAUUAUUUCAAAUACCCUCUCCCCAAUAACAACUGGAAGUGCUAUUAGUUGAUUAGAUGAUGUUAGGAAGAGCAAAGUUCACACAGCAACUCCUUCACAUUUGCUUUGAAGUAAAAGUGGAAGAUAUUAGGAUGUCUAUUCAUGAACCCCCAUACCCCAUUACUGGAGACUUAUUUGUGGAUCCCAUGCCCCAGUGUUGGAGUCCUAUUCAUAGGUCUCAUGACCCAACGUUGGAAAUAUAUUUUUGGUCCUACGUCUCUAUGCUGGAGUCCUAUCCAUAGGACUCAUAUCCCAAUUUUGGAGACCCAUUCAUGGAUCCCAAGUCCCAGUGUUGGACACCUAUUCAUAGAUCCCCUUGUUCCAUUCAGUUUGGCCUUAAGCUGGGUGCCUUCUCUUCCCUAGAAUCCCCUUUAGCUAAAUUGGAAUCUGUAUAUUUUGACUACUAAUCUAGAUGCCUCUAUUUUGAUGCAAACUAUUUUUUUAUUUUUAGAUGUUUCAUUUUUUGCCCUAUGAGAUUGACCAAAUUUCUGUUUAUAUGGAUAUAUGAUGUAUCGAUGUCUGAUGGAUAAAGAUGCCUUUUCAUUUUUUUAGUGUGUUGUCAAUAAAUUCAACUGAAAUCCA